AUGUGCAUGUCACCGGUGGUUCCGGUCGACGUGUUGAACAGAUUACGAAUGAACUCAGAGACGGUUAUCAUAUUGAGGGCCUUGAGGAAGUUCGGGUUAUCCGUGAUCGGCAGACUAAAAUAUCCCGACAGCUCGGCUUUCUCCGAUUCCGAGACCUCAAUUCUUCGCGCGCUUUUGUUGAGCGCAACUUUCCGUCCGUUUACUUCUACGGUCCAAGCGCUGGUCGGGAUGACCGUGGAACCAAAGUCCGCAUCGCAUAUAGCCGGGAGAGAGAGGAUCGUGCUCGCGCCAGAGCUGAGGGGGAUUGGACUUGCAAGAACGUGGGUAGUAUAUUACACGCUGCUGGGAAACGCAGCUAAUAUCUCUAUACAGUGUGCGAUCGUCAAUUACUCUACACGCUCAAAAUGUUUCCGGUGUCAAGCCCCCCGACCUGAACCCGGUCCCACGGGGCCUCCUGGAAUCGCUGCUCCCAAGGUCGAGAAUAGUGGUGACAAUGAUGCUGCUCCUGAAAACCAGCCCUCCCAGUUUCUCUUGUUCCGAGGACUCGAACCCACCGUCACAGAAGAGCUUCUUGCCAAAGGAGUCGCUAAACUAUACCGGCCAGCUCCUAGUAAUUCUGAGAAUGCAUCAGGAAAUCAGAAGAAGGGGGCUAAAGUGGCUUCCACUACGGGCGAUUCCAACCUGGGAGCUCGGGACGGGUCUAUCCGCCGCGUUCUGCUAGUAAGAGAUCGCAAGAGCAACGAAAGCUGGCGUUAUGGAUUUGCGGAAUUUGCAACUAUACAGGAUGCUCAAGCGGCCGUUACACGUCUGAACUCGUUCGAGAAGUUCACCAUAUCAUCAAGGCCAGUGCUUGUGAGCUACAUUCACGCUGGUGUAUUUGUUCCCGUGAUCAAUCCCUCGGCGCGGACGGAGAGGUUCACCUUCAGUCCUCUCAAUAACCCAUCCUUAAAGCUUAUGUACUGGGAUGAGGAGGCUUACGUUACAGAGCUCACAGUGUCGACUGGCGAGAGUGACAACAACCAAAUGCUGUUGAAGAACGACCAGCACGAUCAAUCAGAAAAUCAGGGAAAGACUCAGAAAGACACGGACAAAACUAAGAAGAGGAAAGCAGACAACCCGGCCGGCGCUGGCGCCAAGAAGCUUGCGAUGCCAUCACAUCUGCAAUUCUGGAGCAAUCGGCAUGCCGAGCUCCAUGGCAUUCCGAAGAAGAACCCAGAUGAUGUCGGAAUCAGCUCUGAUCAAGGAGCACCGUCCACGGAUCCUGGCGCUCCACCAGCCCAAUCCUAUGCGGAUCCCAACCGGAACUGCUGUUAUCUCUGCAUGCGCCAAUUCAAGAGCUCCGCAGAGGUCAACCGCCACGAACGACUCAGUCAGCUGCACCAAAGUAACUUGCAGAAUGAAGAGCUGACAUCUAAGGCAAUGGGGAAGCUUAUCAAACAUGGUAUUGCCCAGCAAACACCUGAGUACCGCGACCGUGCCAGGGAGCGCCGACAGGCAUUUGGCAGCUCCAAGGCUCCAGUCAAGAAGAGCGCGCCUCCACCGAAAGAGGAAGAAGAACCCCCAGUGGAGUCAACGUCGAAGGGCGCUUCUCUUCUCAGUAAGAUGGGGUGGUCUGCUGGAACGGGGCUUGGUGCCCAGGGCACUGGCAUGACUGCUCCUAUUGCCACUGAGGUCUACGCGCAAGGUGUUGGUCUAGGAGCACAGGGAGGCAAAUUGGGAGAUGCGGUCGAAGAAGCAGGACGGAAUACCCGCGCUAGAUACGAUGAAUUCUUGGAAAAGACAAGGCAGACUGCACGGGAGCGAUACGAGCAAAUGGAGCGAUAG